GCAGAGUUGUUUUGAGUGGGAAUCGCUCUCUUGCAAAGCUUCCUCCCAACAUCUUCUCUCAAGAAUUCGUAUGUAAGAAGUCUAUCAAACUAUCAAGUUUUACUUCAUCUUUUUCAAAUCAUCUUCAACUUUUAUUUAUUUCGUGCAUAACUGGUCAUCUCCAGUAUUUAUUUUAUGCAAAACUGGUCAUCUCCAGUAUUUACUUUUUGCUAAUCUGGUCAUUUCCAGUAUCAUUUACUUUACAAACUAUUUUCAAGUUAAUCUCAUAUUGGCUGUCUUAUUCCGUCCUUACUAGUAUCAGAGCACACGGUUUGCUUUUCCCGACGCGCAAACCACGCCCUCCGGCAACGGUUAUCAUUGGGCGACGCAGAUCGCUCCGCUGGCAGGCGGUUAGCCGUCAGAUCGCCUGCCCAUCGCACGGUUGCAUGGACCGCCACGUAGAGGUGCGGUUUUGCAGCUGCCUAAUGGUAAACUGCCUCUUGCCCGCACGGUUUGAAUGAGAACCGCGCCUACGAGGCGCGUUUUAUGUUUAAUGGUGAUAGUUUUGGAAUUUUGUUGUAUUGGGUGGUACUUUUGUAAUUUUUUUUAAAGGAUGGUAGUUUGGGAAAAAAAUCCCGAGAUGUCUAAGGUAGCUCUUAGGUAUGACAAUAAGGAGGUUUCAAAAGAGGAAGUUCGAGGCAGCAUCAAGCUUUGCUAGCUCAAGAGAAAAAUGAGGAAACUGCUAGGCGGCUUGUGGGUGGUGGAGAUGGGUCGCGGAAUAAUCGUGGCGCUGCAAGAUCAACAUCUGAUUUGGUAGCUUACAAGACAGUGAAUGAUCUGCCUCCUCCUAGAGAAUUAAUGAUUUUGGUUGAUUAGAAGAAUGAAGCUAUUCUGUUGCCAAUUUAUGGUAGUAUGGUACCUUUCCAUGUUGCCACAAUAGGACUGUCUAUAGCCAGCAGGAUACCAAUAGAAACUGUUAUAUUAGGAUAAUUUUCAAUUUUCCUGGGACCCCAUUCAGCCAACAAGAUGCCAAUUCUGCGAAAUAUACAGGGGCUAUCUAUCUGAAGGAGGUUUCCUUCCGGUCCAAAGAUGCGAGGCAUAUAAUUGAGGUCGUAUAGUUGAUUAGAACUCUUAGGCGGCAGGUGGUGGCUAGGGAGUCGGAGAGAGUUGAGAUGGCAACCUUGGUUUCCCAAGAAAAGUUGCAGCUAGCUAAUAAUAGGUCCAAGCCAAUCAAACUGUCUGAUCUUUGGAUUCACCUUGUUUUUCAUGGUUGCGGAAGGAAGCAACCCGGAACGCUUAAAGCUCAUCUCAAUGGGUUCCGCUACUCCACUUCAAGACAAGAUGAACGAUUCGAUAUUAUGUUUGCUAACUCAAGCAUGCACUUUUCCAGCCUGGAGAGAAUGAGAUGAUCACCCUCAUCCAUUUCCAUCUCCACAAGACCACAACCAUAUAAUGGUUGGUAAUAAAAAGAUCAAGGAUGUUCAGUUCUAUGUGGAGGUUAUGGAUCAAGUGCAAAAUAUUGGAGGUGGAAGAAGAUCAGCCUAUGACCCUGACGAGAUUGAAGAAGAAAAAAGGGAGAAACUCAAGAAGAAUAAAAUAGACAACGAGUUUGAAAGCUUUGCGACUCGUGUGAAUGAGCUAUGGGUGGGUACUCAGUUUGAUGCUUUAGGCCUUGACUUUGAUCAGCAUCAGAGAUGACUCGAGUUCCAUGGCGUGCCUUACAAGUCCUCUGCAUACAUCUUCUCGGCUUCAACAUGCCUCGUUGAGUUGAUCGAGACGCCUUUCCUUGUCAUCACACUAGCAGAGAUUGAGAUAGUGAAUCUCGAGAGGGUCAGCCUCAGGUAGAAGAAUUUCGACAUGACAAUCGUGUUCAAGGACUUCAAGAAGGUUGUAAUGUGAAUCGAUUUGAUCCUUUCCACAGCACUUGAAGGCAUCAAGCAUUGGUUGGAUGCAAUCAAGAUAAAGUUCUACGAGAGCAGGGUGAACUUGAAUUGGCGACAAAUACUAAAGACGAUUACUGACGAUCCUCAGAGCUUCAUAGACAAUGGCGGCUAGGAGUUUUUAAACCUGGAGGCUACUAAUUUCUAGUCUGAUGACUCAGCAGAGUCGGACCAAGGGUAUCAGCCUUCAGGAAGCGAGCCAGAGUCUGUGUUUGAAGAAGAGGAUUCUGACAGUGCAUCCUUGGUGGAAUCAGAAGAUGAGGAUGAUGAUGUCUCCUAAGCAGACUCGGACGACGAGAAGGGGAAAACAUGGGAAGAGUUGGAGAGGAAGCAAGCAAUGCUGAUAGAGAGAAGGGGGCCGAGUCGGACAGCGAGGAUGAGAGGAAGCGAACGAAGGCAAAAAUAACUUUUGGGAGGCCGAGGCUUGGUCCUCCUCCGAUUUCUUUGAAAUGGUCCAAGUUGAGGUAGGAGAUUUGGAAUGAGCCUUCCCCCCAUCUCUUAUUAUAUGAGUUUCCUUUCAAGUUUAUUUAUCUGCAUGAAGCAGUACAGUUCUCAUCACAUUUGGUCUCUAAAAAAGUCAAUUUCUUGUUAGGUCUUUUGACUCUUUGUAAGGUUUUAAGGACUUACGGUUCUUUUGGUCAAUUUUGGCUGGUCUUUUUGGCCCACUUCUACUGUUGGUUAGGAUCUAUUGAAGUUCACAUCGUAGAAUGUUUACAAUUUUGAUGUUAUUUUGUAAAUUAUUUUGUCAUUGGAGUAUGUAGUCCUUUUGAAUGCUUAUCAUCAUCUUCCAAGUUCUAUCUUUCAGCAUUGCAUUUCCAUUUAUUCGCUACUCGCCACCGGCGAGGUUAGAUUGCCAAGUUCUUUUCUUGUAGAUCAAGUUAUAGUAUGUAGAUUCCUUAAGAAAAUGCAAGAUUAUGCAGGAUAAGUUGGUUGGCUAUCCGUAAUUGAAAUGUAAAAUAUAAAAAUACAUAUGUGGUCUUUUAGAUACCUUCAAUCUGCACAGUUUUUUAUGAUGAGAAACACCUUCCACGGUUACCACUUUUGAUAAUGUUGUAGUUUAGCCAAACUUCAGGGCCACGACCAUUCGGCAUAGGUGAGAGCAAAAUGCUACUUAAGGGUUAUCUUCGACGCAUCUGAGAUCUACAAUAGUAGUAGCUAAUGGACCUCAACAAUUUGAAGGGCAAAAUGGGAAGCCAGUGCUUCCUCCAUUGGACAUAGUCUCUCUUCAAAUCCCCAUUUCAAUUUCAGACAACCAAAUCAUAGAUCGGUCCGUAUCCUUGAAAUAGUAGCAUCAAAUAUAUAUUCUCAUAUAGCACAAAUUCAGUCGCUAUAAUAUUUGAGCAUUUUUGCUCUUCCACUUUUGUUAGCAUUUGUUAGUGUUUCAUAUCUUCCACUUUUGUCAUAUCUUGCUUUGUCAAUGGUCGUGUACUUUGUGAAAACAUGUAUUUUCGAGUCUCCUCCUAUUAUAAUCUACAGGAUGGGCAAGAUUUAGUUGCGAUCAGUAAUUGACGAGGUAGAAUGACUCGAAUAACACUUUUUCAUAAAAUAGUUUUAAUUUCAGAAAUAUGUUUAAGGGCCAUUGUGUCUUCUAGAUCCUACGUAAACUUCUUCAUCUUUGUUUUCUUUUAAAUCAAUUUUCUUGAUCUAAUUUCAUAUUUUACCAGGUAAUAAAUUGCUAUUUUCAAA